CCAAUAACAAACUGUCCCGAGGAGAGUUAAAGAGCCGGAAAGGCGGGGGGCGUUUUCUUUCUUAAAAAUUAAAAAACAAACAAACCCAAAGGCUAAGCUGAAAGAUGGAACAGAGUGUCUCGGAGAGAAAACCCACCAUCACCCCGACUGCAGACUUCGAUGUAAUGGGUGCCUUAGACUGGAAAGACGGCAUUGCUACCUUGCCAGGUAGCAACAUACAAUUCCGUUUAAGUGAGUUUGGAACAUUAGAAAUCAUUACUGAAGCAGAAGCCAUAAAAACUCUCUUGGCUCCAGCAAUAAAUGCCAGUAUAGCCGGCCUUAACCUUGGUGCUUCCACUCCGGCUGCUACCAACACCACGGCUGCCUCUGGCGCUGAUUCUGAAGAGCCCAAAGACAACGCGCCUAGUUCUGACAUCUCAGCCUGUGAAAACUGUGGGCAAAUGGACUGCUUGGAGAAUGGGAAGUUUUGUACUCGAACCUGCUCUCAGCAGCAUAAAGACCAUGACUCUAAAGACAUCCCAGCUGAUUGCAGAAACAGAAUAAGCAGCAGAAACCUUAACGUCAGCAUUGGCUGCCAGGUUAAUGAGGCUGACAGACCCCUCAAGCGACUCCGAAGGAAGAGGAAACUUCUUCUGGAUUCUGAGGAUGAGGACGAAAAUAUAGAUGAUGAUGAGGAGAAGAAUAAAUCAAAUAAUAUGAAAAGCCGCAGAAAUACUAAACCUCUAAAACAAGUUGUUCCUGGAAAGAAGACGGUGUGGAACUGGGUUUCUUACUUGGAAGAGGAACGGAUGCCAGCUGCUCCCCUAAAACUGUUCAAAGAGUAUCAAUCCUUCCCACAAACUAAGAAUGGAUUUAAAGUUGGAAUGAAGUUAGAGGGACUGGAUCCUGGACACCCAUCUUUAUUUUGUGUCCUCACCAUUGCUGAGGUGCAGGGAUACAGGAUGCGGUUACAUUUUGAUGGUUAUUCUGAGUACUAUGACUUCUGGGUUAAUGCUGACUCUCCAGAUAUCCACCCUGUUGGCUGGUGUGAAAAGACAGGUCACAAGCUGCUCUCUCCGAAAGGUUACAAGGAAGGGGAAUUUAAUUGGGUUUUGUAUUUGAAGAACUGCAAAGCUCAAGCAGCCCCAAAAAACCUUUUCAAGACCCUCAGCACACCUGUCACACCAUCUGGUUUUCGGGUGGGAAUGAAACUAGAGGCAGUGGACAAAAAGAAUCCAUCUUUGAUGUGCGUGGCAACCAUCGCUGAUAUGUUGGAUAACCGGCUGCUAAUUCAUUUUGACAACUGGGACGAGAGUUAUGACUAUUGGUGCGAUGCUAGCAGCCCGUAUAUUCGUCCUGUUGGUUACUGCCAAGAAACUGGCACCCCACUGACAACACCACCUGAAUACAAGGAUUCCAAAAGCUUCUCAUGGGAGAAAUAUUUGGAAGAAACCAGUUCCCAGGCAGCCCCAGCAAGAGCAUUUAAACUGCGUCCAGCCCAUGGGUUCCAGGUUAACACAAAGCUAGAGGCUGUGGACAGGAGAAAUCCCAUGUUAAUAAGAGUGGCAACAAUAGCUGAGAAGGAGGACCAUCGUAUCAAGAUACAUUUUGAUGGUUGGGACCACAGCUAUGAUUUCUGGGUCGACGCAGGCAGCCCUGACAUUCACCCUGUGGGCUGGUGUGCAAAAACCGGACACACCCUGCAGCUCCCGCUAGGUGCUGCUGAUAUGAUGGGAGUAGCAGGGCAGGGGUGUCCUACCCCCGGCUGCCAGGGUAUUGGUCAUGUCAGGGGACCCCGAUAUGGAACACAUUAUACGUUAGUUGGCUGCCCGUAUUCCGAAGUUAACCUCAACAGAGAAAGCUCAUUACAGGAUCGCCUCAGUGGGGAGAGGCCUUCACCCAGCAACAGUGUCCAGAAGCCCAAGAGACCAGAGACUCCUGCUCCAUUCAUAGACCCACAGGAGGACUCUCCACAGCCCAGAAAAUCUUCCACGCAAGAUAGCGAAAGAUCGGGUCGAAGCAGCGUCCACAGUCUGUCAGAGCAGUCUGAAAACAGUCAAGAGAAGCAUUGGAUUGAAGAGGAAUCAUCUGCAGAUACCCUCACCAAACCAAAAAAGGUUGGGUGCUCGCAUGCCUAUAGAAAGCUCCAGCUAGUGAAACAGGAAUACGAAGGGAAAGACACAGAAUUCACUCUGCAGCAGGCCCUCCAUCAGUCUGUCUUCAUGCCCUCCCUGUCCUCCAGCCCGACCCACCGCCUCCAUCUCUGCUGGGAGCAGCACUGCAGGCUGCUGCCGGAGGUUUCGGGCCUCACUGCCAGGAGCGUGGCCAAAUGGACCGUGGAAGAGGUGGCUAGCUUUGUCCAGCGUUUACCUGGCUGUAAGGAACAAGCUUCAGUAUUCAGGGAAGAGCAGAUAGACGGUGAAGCCUUCCUCCUCCUGAACCAGGCGGAUAUAGUUAAAAUACUGAGCAUUAAGCUGGGCCCUGCACUGAAAAUCUACAAUGCCAUCCUCAUGUUCAAAUCCGCAGAAGAAGACUGAGGAGAUCCCUCUGAUGCAGGCCGAGAGGGGACAAAGAGGAACAGGGGGAACGCAUUAGCAACCAAGUGCUUAGUGCCUGCUUUACACAGUGCUGGAUAGACUGACCGGAACAUUUGUAAGCAGGGCCUGAUCACGUUUCAGACUGACUUAAAGUGAAACCCGUUGAAAGGAUAUCGAAGAUGUAAAAAUCCUGCCCCAGCCUGGGAUGGGGGUGCUGUCACUUCCAGGAAGAGGAGAUGAUUCUAUUUUCUAAUUGAAUUUGGUUUUGGUAUAUUGAUCUCUUUUUAAGAUCUACAAGAAACCUCCCAUUAUAAGGGGAAUCCAGGGUGAUAUUAUUAGAGGAGCUGCUAUCUCAAGCAAAUCCCUCUGAGCAAAAUGACUGUUCUGCCUAACGAUAGUGCCUGAAAGAGUCUGAAUGAUCACCAGCGUGUUCAAUAUGUUCUGGGUGUUUAAAACUUGAGGGGGACAGUAGGAGAACAAAGGGGGGCGGGUUGCACUUCAAAGCAAUGCACUUGAAUUCCUCACCACUAGGAAUCAACUGCUGGCCUUUUCUAGACUGGUUUUAAAAUCCCACAGUCCGUCUUUUUGGUCUUGGCUGUUAAGUACUCUCAGCUAAUGAGAUGCCUGCAGAUCAACAGAACCGCAGCAUUGGGGGUCAAAACGGCUCCAUCCCAGAGAUGGUUUACGUUAUUUUUGGAGAGAGCUCUAAGAUAGGCCAGUGAUUGGAAGAAGUUCUCUUUUAAGACAGGCAGUGGUUGGGCAGAGAUCUCCACUGAAGGAGUGGACACACUAAAGGUAUUUAGAAGAAUGAUCCUAACUCAUGCAUUCCCACGAGGGAUAGUUUGGACUAUUGUCAUCUCUAUACCAUGGAGAACUUACUGAGAAAUGACAUGGUAAAGAGCAUUCAUGAAUUUGGUGGUCUCAUUAAGACCCUCACCACCUUAAGAGCAGCACCAUGUUUAAACAAUCAUAUUUAAACCCAGUUGUAGCUAGCAUGGUUCUCCUCCCAUUGUGAACAGGACCCCCUAAAAACAUUUGCUUUAGUUUUUAAACAGCAGGCACUGUGUUGAAUGACUAAAGCUUGUCAUGACACUGUCAUGUCAGAGUUCCUCGGAGCGUUCCAGCAUCGCUGCAGGCAGAAUUGGCAGAGAGGGCUCCUUGGAUGAGGCUGAGGAUUUGAAUGGAAAGGGAAAAGUGCCUUUUGCAUGCAGGGGUGAGAAGAGGCUUCUGCCGAGAGAGAAUGGGAACAGAGCGAGGCAGCCACCUCUGCUUAAAAUUCCCUACCCCCAACUUGCCAAUGGCACCAGACAUUCUGAGCAUAUUUGGGGAAGGCAGAGGUUCAAAUAAGGGAACUAGUUUGUCCAAAAUGAGACAGGUAGCAAUCGUAUCGGGGGGGGGACAAAGUGUGUAGCUAUGUCCUUGUGCAAUACAUAACAAUCCACACACUUUGGUACCAAUAAAGUACUGGCAAUAUUUCCUGCUCUUCCAAAAGUCACAGUGUCAUUUUUACAGGGAGAAGGCCCCUUGUGUGAUGCCCAAUAUGUGACAAUUACACACAAUUAUUAAUACACUGAAAACUCCUUUCAAUAUAACAACACCUGGGGGAAGUGAUCACUUCUUCCAUCCCCAAGAGCUCUCUUCUGUGUCCUCCCAUGCCUUGGACCAUUGUGGCUUCAUCCCUGGCCAACCUGUUCACUGGGUAGUUGUAUAUCGGAAAUCCGCUUGGGGAUUUUGUGUGCAUGUGGGAGAAGGGGGUGGUCAGAGGGAUCCUCAGGAGGUUGGACAGUCAAGACCAAUGCUGGAUGAAUUUCCCAGGGGACUGUACGGUGGGACGAGAUGAACCACCCUCAGACACCGCCAAAAACCUCCAGCUGUUGUACUUGGAGUCUAUAUCACCAGUGUCGCUGCCUUUGUCCUAGUCCCACACCUACCGCAACAGCUAAGUUAUGAACUACCAACCUCUAUUUAAAGGCUUCGUACACAACUGUGUGACACAGUUAUAAGGGCAACUGUUGGUCUUCCAGCCACAUCCACGUUCCAACUUUACCUUUCAGCUUCUGAUCGCAAGGUCUCCAUCAUCUUUGUCAAGUAAAAAGUCCUUUAAAAUUGUAAAUAGAGCAGAAUCCAGGCUGCUGAAUCAGUCAGUGUAGGAUUAAUUUGAGGAGCAAUACGUCUCCCAGCUUUCUAUUUUUGUAUAAGGAGUUAAGGAGUUUAAGCCUUCCACACCGAAGAGUUACUGAAAGUGAGUGGUGGGAGGGAGUCGCUGUGAUUAAUCUGAAAUAUUAAAUAACAGAUGAUGUGCUGCAUAUACCACUGCAGUAAAGUUUAGUAAUUUAAUGCAGCUUUAUGGUGCUGGGUCAGAUAUGCACUUUAUAAAAUAAGUACAUUUCCAAUGUGAUAACGGGAUAAUCACCAAAGAGCACGAUUUCAUUAUCAUAGUCUAAGCAUACUGGUACUAUAUAAAGAAAUGCUGUGGGGUGACUUAGAAUACGGUGGGCUCCUUUUUUAUGGUGAAGCUUUUCAUUUUAUGGUAAACUUCACCCUAAGCAAAGGGUCCCUAUCAUAGGAAUCACAAGUAGCACAUCUCAUGCACUGAUACACUUCCCAUUCUAACUGAGGCACAAUUACUUAGUGAUUAGAGCAGAGGAGUAGAAGGCAUCUUGGGUUCAGGUCCUAGUUAUUCCACGGACUUGCUUGUGUGAUCUUCAGCGAGUCACUUCAUCACCGUGCCUCACCAGGAUCUGUAAAACCAGGAUGCAACUUACCCAUCUGUGUAAAGUGCUUUGACAUUGUCUGAUGAAUUGUGCUAUGGGAGUGCAGUGUUUUACUAUAUCUCUGUUCCCAAUAAGCAGGUCCUACUGAGUUUCCUGUUUUCCUUCCUUCCCUAAAUUGGGACCCUCAGUGGGAACAGCAGAUUGGCUCCUGGCAAAAAAGAGAGAAAGAAUGAACAUUGGUGAAACAAGCCAUGAGGAUUGCAGUCACUGGAAUUAUUCAGAGAGAAGUGAGAUCUUUAAUUUAGGGGCUUCCCAGCCAGCUGCAUCAAAGAAGAGAAUUUGUACUUGCCUGGAGUUUAUUCAAGCAGAACAGUAGCGGUAGCUUCCAGACAGGAAGAAGGAAGGGAACCGUUUAGGGAUAGAAGGAGGAGGAAUAUGCUUCUUGUGCCUAUUUUUCUAAUCUGGUAACUUUCUUCACAGAAUAAGCAAGAACAUGUGCAUCUGUUAUUAGCUCUCUUCCUUCCACAGAUAUAUCUAUUUUUAAUAAAAACAAACAACUUUACAAUAACGAUUCACGAUUUCAAAUCUUUUUCCCAUCACAUUUCCAAUAAUUUCAUUGGAAAGCUAAAAAAAUAAAACACUGAAGUUUUACUUCGGCGUGCUUCCCAGCCCGGGUAGAUGGACACACACUAGCUCUGCUCAAUCUAGCACGCUUCAAAUAGCAGCGUAGCCCGGGGUAGUACAAGCAGCAGCUUGGCGUAGGCCCCCUAAAUACAAACCCGCCCAGACCUCAGGGUACAAACUUGGGUGGUUAGCCCCCUGCUCCCCUGCUGUUUUUAGCUCACUAGCUCAGGUGGCGUUAGUGCGUGUCUGUCUGCCCAAGCUGGGACGCACGCUUCCAGCUGCAAUGCAAACAUAUCUUUUGUAAAUGCUAGUCAAUAUUUGUGUCUUUAAGCAAGAGGUCUGAAAGCACAUGUUUGAAUUAUAUUUCUUUUGUUAGUUUGAAACCUGCUCUUUAAUUUCCUUAAAAGUAGAAAGCAAAAAAAUUUGGCUCUUGUCACUUGGUUUGAGGGUUUUCAUGAAUGGACCAGUAACAUAAGCAAGAAAACAGCAGUCUGCCUGGCUGAAUUUCAGUCUUAAAAGACAACAGCCAUUUAAAAAAAACAAUCAAAGGAUAAAUCUAUUAUUUAUCAACACAGCAAUAGAAAGCAUGACAACUAUUAGACAUGGAUCAGCAAGGCAAUUGGAAAGUAGCAGUUCUAAAUUAUUUUUGUUAUAUUUGUACAGUAUGUUGCAGUCCCAUCCCCUUUUUAGAAAUCCAAAAUGUUCAGGUCUUUUCUUUUUAAUCCCUCUUAGCAGGGAGUCUUGUUUUCACAUUUCUGUGUCAUCACAAAUGAACAUCCUUGUAAACUGAUGGUAGCAAAUUUCUGCUCUGGGUAAUUAAUCGCAUUAGAGUUGGACAGAAUCAGUCGGCGCCACUAACAGCAAAAUCAUACAACCAAAGAAAAAGAAUUCAGCCCAGGGGAUAAGCCAGUUCCGCUGUAGAAGAUUUCCUGCCUGCUACUUUUAUGCCCUGUUAAGGGAAUGAUACCACAGAAAGCUUUAAAUUUUUUGACAUUCUCUCCAUCAUGUGAUGAGCUAGUUUAUUUUCAAACUUCUAUGACUUGAACUGGAAAUAUGAGCAAAAUGGGGGAAUUCACAGUGAGGUUUUCAUUUCAGUGUUUGAAAGUUGUUUGCUAUUUAAUACUUGAACCUUUUAUGCUAGUUGCCCCAUGUUUGACAUUGAGCUACCACUGAUGCUUUCUUCUGGAAAUGUGAAUAAAAUUAAUAUAAUUCUUGUUUCA